UAAAUCGGAUGUUCACGGGUAUGAAAAAUUGUCGUAAACAAAUCAGAUUGAUAUGAAAGAGAAAAAAAGCAACAACUGAAACGUUCAGCUCAGUGUAUUGAUUAACUUAAGUUACUGGAGGUCGGUGUUCACUAUGAUACAAUACUGGCGAAGCCAUGUGAACAGGACGCAGUCUACAGGCAGUCCUCUCAUACAGUCGUGCGGUACCAGGUUUGAUAAAGCAUAUACCUUGUCUUCCAUUAAACAUCACUAAUAAGCAAUGUAUCAGUUAUUAUCCAAAAUUUACAUAAAUUAUAUUCGCACUUUAUCAUGGCAAUAACGUAGUUUGUUUAACGCCGCAUUCAGCAAUAUUCCAUCCAUAUGGCGGCGGCUUCUAUUUGCUCUCGUAACUCCCAAUCCAGUGAUUGGCUACAUGACCAUCGAUCCACGCCGUUGGCAUACGAUGACAUGAAGGCAACCGCGAGUGGUGACGGACAAGCAUGGCCGGGUAGAUGUGGACCGUGGCUUCAGUAAACAGGUAGAGCUAUCAAUACCACUGUGUAAUGUAUUUGUUCUAAGAUGCAUUCACUCAAAGAGUUUGGACCAGACAUUCCCGUGAUCAACGGCAUUGUUAAAUCGAUGAUCAUGUUUUUGAUCACCGGAUUGUCUGGUCAAGACUCGAUUAUGUACAAACCGCCGCCAUAUAGUUGAUAUUGCUGAUUGCAAUGUGAAGCAAACCGACAAGCAUUGAAAGAAUGUUUAGUCUCAAACAUAUUUAAGACAAAUGACAAAUGAUUCAUCACCCCUUGUGUCCUGUAGAAUAUGUGCUCAUCCUUUCAACCUCUGGUUUGUCAGUACCUGACUCGAUUAUUUACCUGUCGCUUUAGGACCUCUCCAAUUUGGAUACUCAGGAGGAUACAGUAAGAUGUUAUGCAAUUUUUUGGGCUAGUUGAACUUGAGCUCUCAAUCUUAACAACGAAAAAUACAAAUAUACUCAUGUUCUUGUGAAGUCCAUAACAACAUCCCGUAUGCAACUGUAGAUGAGCCGUUCAGCAGGGGUCCAUUGUGCCAUGUGGCGGAGUGUGCUGAUUGCCUGUGUAUCUACAAUCAUGGAGGAUGGACGAGUGAUGGCACUACUUGGCCCCAAGAUGUGUGAGGAACUGUGUAUGCACACAUUUGCAUGUUCGGCCUACGCGUUCUCAAGUUCUCACCUGACCUGCGAAGUGACCCAUCUGGAACUUCAAACCAGUCCCUGGAAGCCCAUUGCGAAUCCUUUGACGAACAAGAUCUUGGAGCCUGAGGUAUGCCCACUGUAUUCUAAGAUCAUCCUCAGCCAUGCAGGGAAGCUGUGUUGCAGGAGACGUGUAGCCUCGAUGCAGGAUGAAUCUGGCGUGAGAUCGACGCUUCUUGUCACAACGUCCAUGGCGUAUAAAAGGCAACCGCUGUUUCAACUUUCCCUCCCAGAUUCAUACAUGCAGAGGAGUGUGAUCAGCCCUAAAAAAGCGAGGUGUUUGUUGUACAUUGCAAAUUCACGAACACUGUUAUUUUUUCUAUAUCUGAAGACCGACGUUGGUGUCAUAGCGUCACUAUAUCUCGACAACAGCACCACAGAUGUAGUCAGGACUCACCUUGAAUGUAGAGACAUGCUGCUAGAUUGGGCACGAAACAGGAUCGUGCUUGUGAUCAGUGAGCCCAGGUCUGCCAUAUAUUCUAUGUCAACAGAUGGGAGAAAUCUCACAUUUCUCUUCCACCCAACGGACCAACCAGAUACCAGUUCUGAACGAACUUCUGUUGCAAUGGACGUAGAGAAAGGCUUGAUCUAUGUGUGUGUUCCUACAAGGAUAGUAAUGGCUGAAGCUGGAGGGAAGAACCUAAAAGUUGUCUAUCACGGAGAGAUGCUAUUUGGUAUCGGUUAUGAUCCUUUCAUUAACGCAUUGUAUUUCGGGACGAACACCAACGUGUAAAAGACUUCUGCUACCAGACAGUGAGCCGACGACGUUGUUCAGUUUGGAAGAGGGACAAAUUCCUGUUCGAGUUGUGUAUCAUAAGAAUUACGUGUACAUCGCUUGCUUAACUUCUGAUAAACUGUUUAGGUAUUACCUAAGACUGGGGGCGGGGAGGAAUGAGUCUCUUCAUGCUAUUAGUAUGAAUGGUCACGUGCGAAAUUGGAUAUUCUGUAUAAUGUCAUAAUGCACGGUCGCAUCUAACACGAGCGCUAGGAUAUAUCGUUUUGACAGUAGAUUUUGUACAAUGCAUUGACGUCAUCAAUUACAUGACUCACAAUGCUAUAACGUCAAAAACUGAUGACAUCACAAUGCUAUGAGAUCGCUGCACUGCCAGUGUAAUGGCAGGAACGUGUUCAGAGAUGUACAUUUUUUAAUUGAAAACUAAAUAAGAGUGAUUUUUGAUGAUGAAUAGAAUCUCACCCUCGUUUUUUUCUGAUAUCAAAUAUAUCAACACUCGCCAAACCUCGGAUAUGCAUAAACUGUAUCAACUCGUAGUAAUUGUUUGAUCGACAUUCUAGAAGUUGGCGACUCA